CUCUGAGUGACUGGAGCCAGGUCUUUGGUCCUGAAGCGAAAUCCUCUCCUUCGGAGAUCACGAAUCCGAGACUGCUCACCAUAAGCUAUCACCUCCAUCCAUCAGUUCUUUCAACAACUACAAUCUGAGCACCUUCCCUGAGUCACAGAGGACUUUAGUUGCCAGAGAACCCAUGGGACUCCAUGGACUUGACCUGUGAUCUUGACGAGCCACAGUCCAGCCAGGAGGACAGAUCCCAAGCAAAUCCUUCCUCAGUGUCCAGCCAAUUACAGAUGAGAGCCCUGGACUCCCUGAGGCAGACUUGAAUCCUGAGCAUCUUUUGGCUCCCUUCCCCAGCCCCCACCCGUGGAUGUGAUGGCGGCUCCGGCUCUGUCCUGCUGCCUGUCCCUCCUCGUCUUCCUCUUGCCCCUGGCCAUCCCUCAGGCAUCUACAUCAGUGAAUGGAUUGAGCAUCUCCUCACCUGAUGGGGACAGGAGUGGCGGGCAAACCCUUGAAGGCCAUGGGUAUCCUACAGCUAGCCCCACACGCCACAUUUUCACGGCAUUUGCUUCCAACAUCACAUGCUUCUAUAACUCGAGAGCCAACGUCUCCUGCAUCUGGAGCCAUGAUGGGGGCCUGCAGGCCACCACCUGCUGCUUGCACAGCCAUCAGCCUAAGAGAUCUGAGGGGGUCCCUCUUUUUCUUCAAAGAGAGGAGCUUUUUCCUACAAAACAGUGGAAACACACCUGUGAGCUGCAACCAGUGAAGCCGGGAUCCUGGGCAUGCAAUCUGGUCCUAGGACCAUCUCCAGAAUCUCAGAAACUGACCAUAGUGGAUGUCAUGAAACUGACAGUGAUGUGCUCUGAAGGCGGGAAGUGGAGGAAGAUGAUGACCCAGGAUAUCAAGCCCUUUGAUUACAUUCGUCUGGUUCCACCCCACUCACUCCAAGUCGUCCACGUAGAGACCCAUAGGUGCAACAUAACCUGGACCAUCUCCCAGGUAUCCCACUACAUCCAAACAGACGUGCAGUUCGAGGCCCGGACUAGGUCUGCGGGCCACAGCUGGGAGGACACCCCACUGCUGACCCUCAGGCAGAACCAGCAAUGGAUCUCCCUGGAGAAUCUCGCUCCAGGCAUGGAAUAUGAGCUUCAGGUGCGGGCCAAGCCCCAGCUAGGCAGGCAUGAGGUUUGGAGCCACUGGAGCCAGCCCCUGGCCUUCAGGACGGUCCCUGCAGAAACCAGGAAGAAGAUCCCACCUCUCCCUUGGUUGGGCCACAUCGUCUUGGGCGUUGGCAGUUUCGCUGGUCUUGUCCUCUUGGUUUACUUUCUGGGCAACUUCCGGUGCAUCAGGCUAUGGCUGAAGAAGGUUCUGAAGUGUCACAUCCCAGACCCCUCGGAGUUUUUUUCCCAGCUGAGCUCUGAGCAUGGAGGAGAUUUCCAGAAGUGGCUCUCCUCACCCUUCCCCUCGUCCUCCUUCAGCCCCAGUGGUUUGACCCCUGAGAUCUCCCCACUGGAGGUGCUGGACAGGGAUGCCAAGGCCACACAGCUGCUCCUGCUUCAGCAGGACAAGAGCUCGCCAUCCUCAGCUGAGACCAGCGGCCACUCAGUGACCAGCUGCUUCACCAACCAAGGCUACUUCUUCUUCCGCCUCCCGGACGCCCUGGAGAUCGAGGCCUGCCAGGUCUACUUCGCUUAUGACCCCUGUACUGAGGAGCUCGAUGCGGGUGGGCCCAGGGCCCCCGAGGGAGCUCUCCUUCCACCCCUGCCGACUCCACCAGGGGAUGACGAUGCCUAUUGCACCUUCCCCCCCGGGGAAGACCUGCUGCUCUUCUCUCCAAGUCUGCUCAGUGGCCCAGGCCCCCCGAACACUGCCCAGGGGGGCACUGGGGCUGGUGAAGAGAGGCUGGCUGCCAGCCCACAGGAGGGAGUCCCUGGAGACUGGACCCCCCAGUCCCUGGGGCCUCCUGCUCUGGAAACCCCUGACCUGGUGGAUCUGCAGUCACCCCCAGAGCAUGAGCUGGGAGAAGCAAGAGAGAAGGUGCCUGGCCCCCGUCCAAGGGAGGGGACCAGCUUCCCCUGGGUCAGCCCUCCCGGGCAAGGCCAAGUCAGGGCCCCCAUUGCCUGCCUGACCCUGAACACCGAUGCCUACCUGUCCCUCCAAGAGCUCCAGGAUCAGGACCCAGCUUACCUGGUGUAGACAGACAGCCGGCGCUGGGAGGCAGGUGGCCGUCCACUGCUGCGCCAGGCCUGCUUGAGGACUGUGUCCAUGAAGCUUGUCCCCUGCUGAGACACUGGGUGUCCAGCAGCCUCUGGACAUCUCUGCCCAGGGCCUCACCCAGUCCUGCACACUCAGCUGUUCAUUUCCAAACCUCAGUUGCUGCUCCCUGCGCCUACGCCCCAAGCCAAGAACUUUGGGGGUGGGGUCCUUUGACUCCCCCACUCCCUCAUUCGUCAUGAAGUCCUGUGGGUUUUACCUCUUCACCCUGGCUUUCUCACUGGGCUUCCUGCCUCGAUCACACCCCUCCCACCCACCCACCACAGGACAAUCAGUGGAAUCUUUCCAAAACAUAAAUGGAGCUAUGCUGCCCCUCCUGGAGAAGGAAAUGGCAACCCACUCCAGUAUUCUUGCUUGGAAAAUCCCAUGGACUGAGGAAGCUGGCGAUCUACAGUCCAUGGGAUUGCAAAGAGUUGGACACGACAGAGCGAAUGAGCAUACACAUGCUGCUCCUGGUUUAAAAUCCUGCCAUGGCUCACCACUGCCCUCAGUACAACUUCUUGGCCUACCCAUUGGGUCCUCCAGCAUCAUGUUGGGACAUUCCCAUCUAGAACCCUCCCAACAGUCCUACUCAAAGACCCUGAUGCUGGGAAAGAUUGAAGGCAAGAGGAGAAGGAGGUGACAGAGGAUGAGAUGGUUGGAUGGCAGCACUGACUCGAUGGACAUGAGUUUGAGAAAACUCCUGGAGAUAGUGAAGGACAGGGAAGCCUGGCGUACUGCAGUCCAUGGGGUCUCAAGGAUUCAGAUACGACCAACCGACUGAACAACAACAGUCCUACAAAGCCACUUGGAACUCCCUCAUUUCCCCACACCUUUGUGCUUGUGACUUCCUGUUCCUGGGGGGGCCCUCUCCUCCCUCAUCUUUUGGUGACAAGCUCCCGUUAUCCUUCAGGUGGCAGUUCUGCUUCCCUUGCAGGGAAACACUGCCUCCUUUCAUGUGCCCAAACUCGAGAUUCAGUGCUGGAGGGACAGGUUCUCAGGGUCACAGGGUGGCGGGACAAAGUGUCUCUGUCACGUCUCCUUUGGGAUCUCUGGUGACCUCGGAAUGAUUGCCUACAGCUGUGGCCCAAGUCUGUGCACAAAUGCCCAGCAAAGUGGACCCUGGCUGGAUCUUUCCACAAUGGCAAGCCGCUGGAAAGUAAACCCCUCCAAGUGGUGGGUCCUGAUGCUGUUGCAGGAGCCCUCCCUCGCGCCCCUCCUGCUCCACCCUCCACUGGAGGGGUCUUUUCUGCAGCUCAAAGGCUGGCACACUGCCUCCUGAUGGCAGUUCCAUUCCCUGCCCUUGACAGAGUGCACUUUACAUCCUAUCAGAGUCCCUGCGUGAAUUAAUGAACUAUCUGGCAUCACCAUGCCUGGUCUCCCUGUGCCCUUGCUGCCUUCAUUCAGGGGGGAUACCAUCGACCUCUCAGGGGCACCCCUGGCACUUUGACGUCUCUGAGGUCAAGCCUUGGAGAGGCAGGCAGUCCAUGUCCACUAGGUUCCGGCAUGCCCGCCCCAAGCAAAAGGCUCAUCCCCUCACAUGGCAGUCCUGCCGCGCCACACACGGCGAGCCCCUUCCUUCUCGGUGCUCCCACCACCCGUCCACUUCUCGUCCUUCAAUGCCUGGCACUGAUCACACUUGUGACGACAAGAAUUCUCCCAGAGGCGAGAACCACAAGGGGUCCCCGCUAAUCAGCCGAGGUGUGAAAGCGCCCAGUGCCUGCUUUUAUAGGCCCUGCUUUCAACUGAUUGGGCACCUGACACAAGCCCACCCAUGACUUCGUCGGCAGCCUAUGAGGUGACUGAGAACAGAAGCUCUGACCAAUCAGGGAGGCCAGACCUGAACUGGCCUAUCAGGUUUCUCUCAGUCGGCUUUUGAAUACAGAGCAGGAGGGGAGCCUCUGGGAGCAGGUGCCACGUGGAACAGGGACAGGAGGGACCGAAAGGGGAGUUAGCAGAGGGUGUCUGGGCUCCUAGUACAGAUGCGCCUGCUCCACAGGGGACUGCUGCCUUCACUCAGGAUUCCUGUUGCUUUUAUGUCCAAAAUAAACUCCCCUUUUCCUGAGGA